AUGGCGCCUAGCUACGCUAAAGAUCAGCCUACCGGGUUCGAGAACCAUAUACAGCGGGUGGCAAUCGUCGGAGCUGGUGGCCAAAUCGGCAAGCAUAUUGCUGAAGAGCUAGUCAAGACUGGGAAGCACACUGUCACCGCCAUCUCUCGUAUCGGCAGCAAGAGCCCCUUGGCUGAAGGUGUCAAGGUUGCCCAUGUUGAUUAUGACAACGAGCAAUCUAUUGUAGACGCCCUCAAAGGCCAACAGUUCCUCUUCAUCUCGCUGGCUGUUACCGCUCCUCCCGAUACCCAGGACAAACUAGUCAAGGCGGCCGCCAAAGCUGGAGUCCCCUGGGUCAUGCCAAAUGGUUAUGGCACCGACCCGCUCAACGAGAAGCUUGGUGACGAGAACUUCAACGGCAAGGGCCUUCGCGCUGGAAUUAAGAGUGUUGAGGAUGCUGGAUUCUCUUCUUGGGUGCUCUUGACUACCUCGUUCUGGUACGAGUUCUCUCUCAGCCUCGGCGCGAACACCUGGGGAAUUGACUACCACAACAAGAAGGCAACCUUUUUCGAUGAUGGCAAAACCCUCAUCAACACAUCCACCUGGGCUCAGAGUGGUAGGGCUGCUGCAGCUCUGGUGAGCCUGAAAGUCCUUCCGGAAGACGAGAACGACAAGUCUGUCACUCUGUCACAGUGGCGCAACAAACCCGUCUAUGUUGCCAGUUUCCUAGUAUCCCAAAGGGACAUACUUGAUAGUAUUCAGCGGGUGACUGGAACAACGGAUAAAGACUGGGAGAUCAGCUUUGAGUCUUCCAAAGAACGCUGGGAAAACGGAGUUAAGGCAUUAAAGGAGGGUAACAGACAAGGCUUUGUCAGAGCCAUGUAUUCUCGCACCCACUUUCCUAAUGGCGAUGGAAACCUCCAGGACAAGUAUGGGCUUGCCAACGAUGCCUUGGGACUUCCCAAGGAAGACUUUGAUGAGGCUACUAAGAGAGCGGUGGGAAUGUUGGAGGCUCGUUACGACCCCCAUGCUAGGGCACAUUAG